UGACUGUUUUCUUGCGUCUUUGUCUGUCAUAAUUGUGCUGCCGCCGCCCCAUUGUCCUGGGCUGUUACCCGCACGCACCGGCGGCCCAGCUCUACGAUGAGCCGGCCCAGCCGGCUGCAAAGGCAGGUUCUUAGCCUGUACCGCGAGCUGCUGCGCGCAGGGCGCGGGAAGCCAGGAGCUGAGGCGCAUGUGCGAGCGGAGUUCCGGCAGCAAGCCUCCCUGCCACGCUCUGAUGUACUGCGCAUUGAAUACCUCUACCGCCGCGGAAGGCGCCAGCUCCAGUUGCUUCGUUCUGGCCACGCCACGGCCCUGGGCACCUUCGUGCGCCCACGGAAAGAGACCGAGGAGCCCAGCGGCAGGGCGGGCCCUGGAAACUUCCCUGAGGCUGGUGACAAUUCCAGGAGCCGGAUUGACACCAUGAGGUCAUCAGAGACCCCGCCGAAAAAAUAGUGACAGGCCGAAGAGUUCAACCAGUGGCGCGGGGGAACCGGGGAACCCGCAGGAUGGAAGAUGAGAGGUCUUAAGAGACGAGACUAGUUCGAUGGAUUGGGGGAAUCGGAGAGUCCAAAGACCACCGUGAUAGAGGGAGAGAGAUGCUUGACCUUGUUCGAUUCCUGGUAAUUUGUCGGACUCCCUAAUGGGAGCUUGAGGUGGCCUGUGUCGCUAGCUGUCUGGACUAGGUCAAGCUGAGAGCUAUUUACUCAAAGGCAUGGGGAACCAGGACGCUUCCACCUCCGAUGGAAUGAAAGAGACUGAAACACCCUUCUCUUGACCCCUGGCUCCUGAACUCUCUUUGCGUUUAACUUUGAUAACAGUAGACUUUUUUUGCUGAGGAAUUUGAGAAGAUGCUCUGAUGGGCGGUGAGAAGCCCCGAAUCUCCAUUUGGAAAACUUUCCUUCUAUUUCCUUCUAUUAAUUGGAACAAACUAGGACUGAUGAGGAAAGUACUAAGGGGUCUCAUCCUGGCAAUCAUUUAAAGACCCCUCAAAACCUCUAAUACCUACUGGUUCUAAGGGGGAGCCCUGAUUCCUCCACCCUUCCACCCUCAGGACUGUUGAAUAAAGGGAAUAAAGUUAGGAUGUGCUUA